GAAGAGUAGAGUUGUGUCCCAUAUGUGGAAAAAGCAUAGCAGUGCACACACACGAGUCUGGUCAGCUCCAGGGAUUAUCAUAGCGCUUUCAGAUCUGAUGGAGGACAUGCAGGCAUGAAUAGGGCUGUUCUGUUGUCAGUGCGUGCUCAUGCUAGUGAUGGACUACAGCCGGACGGACGCUAACCUUAGCUGGCAUUCACAAAACAGCAUUCCUCCUUACUGAGACCAGCUCCACAGAAUGCUGAGUCCUAUUGUCCCCUAUAGCCUGUUAAAGAUGCACUGGAACCCAGAGCAUGCCCAGCCGCUCAGCCAGUGGCCUGAGCAGCACCUGGAUGUCUCCUCCACCACCUCUUCUCCGGCCCACAAGUCGGAGUUAUUCGCUGGCCGCGGCCGCAGCGGCUACAACCACGCCUGGGCCAAUGACGACAUAUCUGCUCUCACAGCCUCCAACCUGUUGAAGCGCUAUGCUGAGAAGUAUUCUGGCGUUCUGGACUCACCGUAUGACCGGCCACCUACUGUGGGCACAUACCCAGAGCCUGUGGCCUUCGGGGGCCUCAACGGCCCAAAGACUGAGCUGGAGCCCUGGCCACUGACACACAGCACUGAUGCUUCCUAUUCCCUGGUGCCCCCUGGAGGCCAUGACAGCCUCUCAGGUUCCAAGGCUGUAGCUACAUCUGCCGGCCCACCAGGGGUUAGUAUUAUUUCUGUGGUGAACAGCAGCCUCUCAGACUCGGGCUACAGUGGCAGCAGCUCCUGCAGUGGCUCCAGCGAGUACCCCUCUAGCUACAACGCCACCUAUCUUUCCUCAGGGUACUGUCCCCAACCCGGUACAGCACUUCCCCCUGCCUCCCUCCACACUCUCCAAUCCACCACCACCACCCUAGUUCCCAGCUACAGCCCUACCACGCCUGUCUAUAACUACCCCCCUAGCACGUACCCUCCCCAGACCAGCCUUGCCCAAAGCUACAGCCACCCUUCUGCAACUUACCUGCCCUCAGGCCUAUCAGCCCCGACUCCUGUUCCCUCGAGGCCCACAGUGGUAGGAGGCAGCUAUAGUUACCAGAGCACUAACCAUGGGACAUCUGAGUCUGGAGGGACAUUAAAAAGAAAAGCAUUUGAGAUGAGUGUAGAAGAGGAUGAGAGUGGGGACGGGUCUCGUUACAGGAAAUAUGGCUAUGACCCCUUGAAGGCCGGAGGACACUCACCCUACAGUGUGAAUGACAAAACCGAGUGUCGGGGAAACAGUUUCAGCAGUUCAGGCAGCACAGACCCUCAAAGCUUCAAGCCCAGUAAGCCCUCCUCCCAGCCCCUGGUGUCUCCUCAGUAUGGGGCAGCAGGGGAGUACAGCCCUCCAGCGGGCAUGACGGGGGAGAAUGGCGUGGCAGAACAGGGCUUCAUCCAACAGCAGCAGCAUCGGUCCCAGGCCCACAAACGCCCUCCAUUGUGUGUUCCGAGUGCUGAGACUAUGAAGAGCCCAGACCCCCGACUGUUGGACCUAGUCAAUGGGGAGUUACUGGACUGCAGCUCGGCACUGGGCUGGGGCGAGCUGGCCGGGCUCACCCAUGUCAAGGCUGCCCUGGAGGAGGACCUGCUGUGGCCCGUGUUGAGGCCCAGUCCAAUGAUGCAGCCACCAAGAACCGUCCUGCUGUUUGGCCCCCGGGGAGGGGGUAAGACGACGUUGACUCGUUCUUUGGCUUCACAGUUGGGGGCUUCCUUCUACCGUUUGAGCGGAGCCAUGCUGGCGUCUAAAGGGAAGGCUGAGGCAGAACACAUUCUGGGGUCUCUUUUGCAGGUGGCGGGGGCACGGCAGCCCUCGGUGGUGCUGCUCAGCCAGGUGGAGGCCAUGGAAGACGAGGGGCUGAGGCAGACACUGCUGAGCACCCUGGAGAAAGCCCAGGUGGGGACCACAGGUAUGGUGAUUCUUGUAUGUGCCACUGGAAGGCCAGAUCUGCUGCAAGAUGCAGUCCACCGGAGCUUUGCCAAGCGAUAUCACGUUGGCCUGCCAGAUGCGGGUAUGCGCAGGCAGGUGCUGCUGCAGGCGCUGUCACCCCAGGGCUGCAGCCUGAGCGAGAGAGAGCUGAGCGCAGUGCUGCAGCGCACAGAGGGCUUCUCAGUGUGGGAGCUGCUGCAGCUCAGCCAGCAGGCACUCUCCUCAGCAUCUUCCCCCACUAGAGCCAUGCAUGGCCACCCCACAUCCUCUAAACCCCCAGCCUUCACAGACUUUGAGAACGCCUUCUGCAAGGUGCGCCCACACACCACCACAAAAGAACUGGACACUUGUAUAGAGUGGAGCAAGAUGUAUAACCACUGAUAAAACAGCCAGUCACUGUACUCGGACUGCAUUACGACCCUGUCUUUGCUUUGACAUGGAAAGCCUUGGGAAUGUUUUGUUGUUGUUUUGUAAUUACAGAUUAUGCAGCCAAAAGAGCCAGAGAAGCUCAACGAUACGGGAGAGCUGACAAAGUUGUUUUACUGGCAAAAGCAUGCCAUGGUGUGCUGUUUUAGUUUUCGUAUGAAUAUCCGCAAUAUUUUAGUUUUCCCAAAGAAAAGAAAGAUGAAUAGGCCUUGUUGAGUGGGGUAGUGUAUUAGUCUUUUGGCCAAUGGGAAAAUCAAAUUAUAAACUAUUUGGAUACUCUCAGAGAUCCUGAUUAGCCUUGGUCCGGGACAAAAUCAAUUAUUUGUUGCUAGGUGACGUGGUCCAAGAUUGUGGAUAAUCAGGGUUUGGAAAAUCCCCCCUUUGACUGCUUCUCUCAGGAUCCUAUUUAUUGCCAGUCCACUUCCAUGUUAUCCUAAUGUUAAUUUAGUCAUUGGAUUGUCACUACUUAUUCAGUACAAAGGGCUUAGGAUCAGCAACAAUUCAGCAAACCACAGUUUUUGACCAAAAAGAUGUCAAACCAAAUGAAUAAUCAGCAGUGCUGCAAUUUUUCUCCAAACAAACUGGUCCUCAAAAACCACAAUAAAUGAAUCCCAACACGCUGCUGUCCUUCCCAGGAGUUAAGUCGUAACUCGACAUGUUUGGUGGUAGAAAUGCACACGUAUCUUCAUUUACUCACACUUGAAAUAGUACAAUUGACGGACAACUUACUUUAUUACUGUUGUGUUGUUGUCUUUAUCUUCCACAUACAUUUGAUCUUUAUCUCACAUUCCUCAUCGUCUGCAGUUUUCCUGAGAAUCUCACUUACAGAACAAAACGUGAACCUACAGCGUGUCUGUUUUCCCUUUCACUUACUCCUUUUGUUUUCUUAGUAUUUAGUCUUGUUUGAAAUGCUCAGGAAGAAUUUCUUUACCUCAGAAAUAUGAAAUAAAGAAUGUAUGUAAUCUUAGGGUCUUAGUAGAGAGUGGCGCGGAGCGAGAGAGAGGAGCGAGGAGAAACCUGACAGUCUUGUAAUACCCACUACAGCUGGGCUUUUACCUCGGGAGAGAAACUUGAAUAUGCUACAAAGAGUAACAUUGAAUGUAAUUCAGGUAUUUCAAAGGAUAUUUGAUGCCAUAAAUCCAUGUAUUAUUAUAUAUGAAUAUAUAUAAAGACGUUUUCUUUUCUGUUUCUUUUUCCCUUUAUUUUUAUCGUAGUUUAUGGUGGAGUGAUGAUUGUCUUCAAGAAAUGCUAUGUAGAAUACAGAAAAUCCUUUUUUUGUUUGUUGGACAAACUGUUCUCUGUGUUAUUUAGUGUUUACAUAUCCUGUAUAUGCAUGUCUGAUUUUUAUAGUUUUACAGCUGCAAAAUACAAUUUUUAAAAUGUAAAUACAAGGCACACAAUCACAGAUGUGCACUCACAAUGAACAUCUGAGCACAAAAUCCCUUCCACAAAGAAAACGGAUGCAAAAGAAAAAGAAAGUCGUUAUUUUAUGCUUUCAGCAAAUCCCAAAGUCUAACGAUUCACAGUUUAUGUGUACAUAUUGUGGAUAAACCCACCAUGUAGACAAACCAAACAAAUCUCUCCUUUUUCCACCAGUCCUGUUUUAACAAGCUGGAAAAACCCUGUCACUGAACUGCUGGUGCAGAGGUCAUACGUGUUAGACUGUUGCCAUGGUCCUGAGGAGGUAUACACAGAAUGAUGUAAUAUUUCCCACUUCCCUUCCCUCCCUCCCGCCCUCAUCAUUAUUUUUCUCUUUUUCUCUCUCCCCAGUGCAAUCUCAUUAGAUUGGAUUGCCCCCUGGCCACAAGCCCCAGUGGCCAUGUGGCGUUGUAUCCUCGCCCCCCCCCCCCCUCUCCCUCUCCUUCCCUUAUACUCUGGAGUGGAAGUGGUCUGAUUGAUGUCCAGCAACCCUAUAUCACAGUGCAGCCGUCCCUCUCCAGCUGGUGGCUUCAGUCAUGCCGUACAGCCAGAUCAAUCAGAGUGACCCCCGCUGUGCAUACUGAUCACUGUCUCAGAAACUGAAAACACAUUCACAACUUACAGAACAACCCCUGCCUCGAGUGGCACCGUUUAGAUGAAGCGAGCAAUUGUUUGCGUUAUUACAAAAAUGUAAUAAUAAUGAUGACUUAAAGUAAGCUGCAACAUUUUGAUUUGUUGUUCAGUUUGUCCAACAAAACAAGCGUUUAUUUUUUACAUGUUUUGAUCUGUAACUUUGUUUUUGGUUAUUGUACAUUUUCUGUAACCAUUUCUACCUCAUUUUUGCGGCAUAUUGUACAUGAAAGUGUUUAUUUCAUGUCUUUUUUGAUGUCUGUUUUAAAAAUGAUAAUAAUGUUCUUGAACUGUAAUGGUCUACCUCAGAAAAGACUGUAUUUUAAGAGAAGAGUAUCACACAAUAUUAAACAGAAUUUGUCAAUAUUG